GUAAUAUUUUUCCGAUUAAACCAAUGAAUUGGGCGUACAAUCGAGGACCCAAUAACUGUGUAUCGUAGUGCGGCGAUCCGUUCCUGGAGUGGUGAUUGAACGCGAAACGAAAGCACCAAAGUGGAUAGAGUUGGUUCGCGACGGUAGACGGUGACGACGAGCCAGAAGGGCAGCUUUUAAUUGUUCAUCCCAAAAUCUUCACCCUCGCGGGGCAUAAAGUGGUGAUUUAUGCUCUUCGGCCAGCACCGGGGAAUGCAUUUGGUGAAACAUUCUUCACUUCCUGCAAACCCAUCCUUUCCACUACAAUAAUAGGGGCCGUUUGUCUCUGGAGGCCAUCGCCGCAAAACGAAGAAUUACGUGUUUCGUUGGUUUUGUGUGAUCCGAAAAGUGCGUACGCUACCGCGAAGUGUACCGUCGUAAAGUGGAGAGUGGUGAAAGCCGAACCCGAAUUGACAGUGUCAGGUGGUGGAGGCGUAGCAUCGCAACAAAACAAUCGACGCUAGGCUGUUGGCGAACGGUUGUGAAGACGGGUCAAAGGUUUGCACAAUGAAUCGCAGCGACGGGCUGGUGCGACGUGUGAAGUCGCGCGACACCGAAUCGAACGGGGGAUCCUCUUCGGCUGCCAAUAAUGCCGACCAGGAGGAGAAUCGACUGGACAAGGAGGACGACAUUGAAGAUUGCGAUUCCAAGGAAACGCGGCUCACUUUAAUGGAAGAAGUGCUGCUGCUGGGACUGAAGGACAAGGAGGGUUACACAUCGUUCUGGAACGACUGCAUAUCGAGCGGUUUACGAGGAUGUAUUCUUAUCGAGCUCGGCUUACGCGGCCGCAUUGAACUGGAGAGAGCCGGCAUGCGGCGGAAAGGAUUAUGUACGAGGAAAAUUAUACUCAAAUCCGACACACCCACCGGUGACGUACUGCUCGAUGAGGCCUUGAAACAUAUUAAGGAAACGUGUCCACCGGAAACCAUUCAAAGCUGGAUCGAAUAUCUGAGUGGCGAAACAUGGAACCCGCUAAAGAUACGCUAUCAGCUGAAGAAUGUACGUGAACGACUGGCGAAGAAUUUGGUCGAAAAAGGCGUACUGACGACAGAGAAGCAGAACUUCCUUCUCUUCGAUAUGACGACACAUCCACUCACCGAUAACGUUAUCAAAUGCCGGCUAGUGAAGAAGAUCCAGGACGCGGUUCUGACCAAGUGGGUGAACGAUCCGCAGCGUAUCGGGAAGCGGAUGCUAGCUCUGAUUCUGCUGGCACACGCAAGCGACGUACUGGAGAAUGCCUUUGCCCCACUGAACGACGACGACUACGAGCUAGCAAUGCGACGGGUGCGCGAGUUACUAGAUUUGGAUUUCGAAGCAGAGUCUGCAAAAUCUAAUGCAAACGAAGUGAUUUGGGCCGUCUUUGCGGCGUUUACUAAGUAAGCAUAGUGCGCAAACCUGCUCCUCUACCAAUAACGCAAUAACGAGCGCCCACGCUAGUGGUCAAACAGAAGAACAGAGCUUUACAUCGAUCACGUGAUGGAAGGCGGGUCGGAUGUUGUGUAAAGCUGAGAAUAGCAGCCCGUGAUAGGGAUCGGGCACUGACCAUCUGUUUUUUGUUGCAUUCCUUCUUUGCAUUCUUUCUAUCUCUCUCCUGAUUAACGUCUGCUACACAAUCUGCAAUGCUGUUGCGCCAACGGCCCAUCGAGAAUCGAUGACCCCCUUUGGGCAGUGCGGCCAUGACGGACAUUCACGGUGGUCUUGAAGUGUGAAGAAGAAUGGAAUGCUAGAAUUGUGAUGAUAUUUAGUGCUUAGCGUACAUCCCGAUCAUGUGUUUGUGGUAUUUGAAUGCCUAUAGAAGAAAUCCCGGUCCCAGCAGCUCGUGAGCAUCCCGCUUUUGGAACACUAGUUUGUCACCGUUCCGUGGUGCAUGGCAAAAGGAAUAGCAUACACAAUCGAUCCAACGCAUCUUUGCGAACAACGAAGGCAGGAGCACCUGCAAAAGCCAGCAAUCGCUGUCCCCGAUCGCAACAAAGGCACUAUGUGUUCUCAUCUUGUGGGUGCUUAUCGCUGAUAGUUCAUCUAUUCCAUACUGGACAAUAUUGGGUUAGCUAGCCAGCGUAGAAAAUAGGUUGAAAAGGAUGGAGUUAAUACAGCAAGAAAGAAGGUGGAAGAGGAAAUCAAAUUUCAUUCUUCACUCUGUUUUAUCUCUUACUGUUCUCAUGCUGAGUUUUGGUGACAAUUUGUCUCCUGUUCCAAUUAUUAGGUAAUGAUAGAACGGCGCGAUACUGGCCGUUCACUAAUAUCUAAUAUCUGCUUCUACUUAGCCUGUAAUGGUUUGCUAGUUUGAAGUAGUUUUAUUUUAAUCUAUUGAUCACUUUCAAGUCUCAAGUGUUGCCCAAACGUGAUUAUGGUGUGCAAGUCAGAUGUGGAGCAGUUAAGAUAUCGUGAUUUCAAUAAUUUGGCACGAAAAACUCCCCGGGUAGCGAUAUCCUAGCAUCGUACAGGAAAACCAGGGUCUCUAUAGUUCCGUUCUAAUGCCUUGUUUGUUUACAUAGAUUUUUUCAUAGCAAAACUUCUGGCAAACAGUACCACUAAGGCAAACUAGGAAAAGUGAAGUAAAACGAUUUUUACAUUUCGAUAGAUAAACAAUUUUACAAGUAUCAAAAUACCAAUAGAACGUUAAAAGCAUAGCUAUUCCUUUAAAAUUACCGUCCUCCCCCCGAAGGAGAUGACGCAGUGCGGAGCCCCAAGGCGAAGUAGACCAGCAUC